GAUUGUUGUUAAUAUUUCCCUAAAUUGUCAUGUUAACUUUAACUGAAACAUUUAGUUAAUUCAGUGAGAUGAUCAGUUGAUCAGAGUAAAUUUAACCAAUAUGAUUAACUAUUUGAUUCAGUUUCUUGGACUAUUAUUAUUUUCCAAUAACGUUAUCGGAUUAAGUUCAAAUUCACCAUGUUUAUCAUCGGUAAAUAAUCACAAUCAAAAUGAUCAUAACGAUUUACCGGCCUAUGAUUUUAUCCGUUAUUUUGGUUUGGACAAUUCUGAUGGCUUCGAUUUCCCUGGAAUAAAAAAAGUUAAAGGUUCUAACGAUUUCCAGACCGCUUAUCGAUUAUCCCGUCGAGCUGACCUCAGUUUACAAACGAAGAAAAUGUUCCCCUUCGGAAUUCCCACUGAAUUUUCAUUCGUUUGUUCAUUUCGACAGCGGCCCUCGAAAGCGGAAUCAUGGGAUCUGAUACGAAUCUCUGAUUCCACCGGAUCUUUACAAUUGUGCCUGAAAUUUAUUCCUUAUCAACGGAAACUUGAACUAACUUUACCAUCGUCAUUAUCGUUGGUUAAUCAAGGACCCAAAAUUCCCGAUCGAAUCGUUUUCACCAAUGUAACAUCCAACGACGGUUCUUGGCAUAAAGUUGGCCUGACAUUGAGGAAAAAUCGAGUUACUCUGCAUCAUAAUUGUCUUGAACAUAGUCACCAAUCAAUUUCAUCCAUUGAUAAUAUUGACAAUCAGGGUAAUUUAAUUGUCGCUAAAUUUUCAGAUGAACCAACAACUGUACCUAUUGAUCUUCAAUGGAUGGUCCUUAAUUGUGAUAUUACACAAAGUGCAAAGGAAACUUGUGAUGAACUACCGGACACAAUUGAGCCUCCAAAGUUCAUCCCAAUUCCAGAUGAGUGUCGUGCUUGCCCUCAGGGUCAACCUGGAUUACGAGGACUCCCAGGUAUGAAGGGUGAUCAAGGGCUUCAAGGACCUAAUGGAUUUGACGGAUCAAAGGGAGAUCAAGGGGAAAUGGGUGAACCUGGACCGCCAGGUCAACCAGGUCAAAAGGGGGACACUGGAUUUACCGGAAUUGCUGGUCCACCCGGAAUAAAAGGUGAAAAUGGUUACCCAGGUGAACCAGGACUCACUGGUGAUAAAGGAGAUUCAGGCUCUCCUGGGUCGCCAGGCCCUGAGGGACCCAAGGGCGAUGUUGGUCCUCCUGGGUUACCAGCUGAACUUGGAUCAAGGGGCGAAAAGGGAGAUAAAGGUUCACCAGGAGAACCAGGGGAUUCUGGUGAGCCAGGAAAAGAUGGAUUAAUGGGACCAGUUGGACCAACUGGCCAACCAGGGGAGGCUGGACAACCGGGCGAAAAGGGAGAGAAAGGUGAUUCCGGACCUGUUGGUCCUGUCGGCCCUCCAGGGCCACCGGGACUAGUAACCACAGAGGAAAACGGGAAUCAAUCAGUUGAAUCAAUUACCGAGGAAAGAGUUCGACAAAUUUGCUUAGAGUUAAUUAAAGAAUUUGAGAGUAAUCUUGAACGUAACAUGGGCGAACCAGGGCAACCUGGGCCUCCCGGUGAACCAGGAACACCAGGACUCCAAGGACCCCCAGGACCAACGGGUCCACAAGGUUUACAGGGUAAACCAGGAAGAGGUAGAAUAGGUAGACCAGGAGAUUCAGGGCCACCCGGUCAACCAGGAUUACAGGGAGAAAGAGGUUACCCUGGUUUACCUGGUAUCCAAGGUCCAAAAGGUUCCCAAGGUGAUAAAGGUGAUCGUGGGCUCGAUGGAAUCGCAACUGAAGGACCAAUUGGCCCACCAGGUAAUCCUGGUCCUCCUGGUCAACCAGGAAUUGGUGUCCAAGGACCCACCGGUGAAUCUGGCCGACCUGGACCUCCAGGGCCACAAGGUUAUCCAGGUGAACAAGGGUCACCAGGUUACUGUGAACAUUGUCCACCAAUGGUCAUCCCAACCCAAGAAAAAGGUCCAGGUUAAUAAAGGUGAUUUAAUUAUCAUCAUUAAACCAAAUCAACGAGAUAAAUUAUGUAUUUAAAUUUUGAUAUUAUCCAAAGGAAUUAAAAAUUUUCGCGGAAAAUUUAAAAAGUAA